UAAACCACGCCUUUCCACGUGUUUCAGUUUCACUGUUUUCCAUUGAUGUGUUGAAACUCAAUAAUAAUAGUAGAUCUAUUACUAUUUGAGUUUUGUCACCUUUGUGUACAUGUAUUCAUCAGAAGGGUGAACAAUAUUCAUUGUUAAUUAGUGGAUAACGUGACUGUCUCACUAACCAGCUCAGCCUUUUUUUUGCAAAAUGGCUAGCCCAGUGAAGGCCAUUAGUUUUACAAUUAAUGGCCAGAAGGUGGACCUGAGCGAUCCCAGCUCUGGAACAAGUCUCAAUGAAUGGAUAAGGUCUCAGUAUGGGCUCACAGGGACUAAGAGGAUGUGUGGUGAAGGAGGUUGUGGCUGUUGUGUAGUGUCUCUGACCAAGACUGACCUUUUGAGCAACAAACCAGUCACACUUGCCAUUAAUUCUUGUUUGUGUCCUUUAUAUUCUGUUAAUGGCUGCUCCAUUACUACAGUCGAAGGAAUUGGAAGUUCAAAGAAAGGUUUCCAUCCAGUACAGAAGAAGAUUGCCGAACUGAAUGGCACUCAAUGCGGGUACUGUACACCUGGUAUGGUCAUGAACAUGUACAGUCUUCUUCAAGAGACUCCUAAACCUACCAAGCAGUUAGUGGAGGAUAGUUUUGAUGGUAAUAUUUGCCGCUGCACUGGUUAUCGCUCCAUCUUGGAUUCAAUGAAGUCCUUUGCUGUUGAUUCUGAUGAGCCACAAGUUGUUGAUAUUGAGGAUGUUUGUCCAGUGAAGUGUUCAUCGUGUCCAGUAAUGAAGGGUUCCACUAAUUGGUUAACUCAGCCUCGGACUGACUCUGAUCCUACCUGGUAUCAGCCUACAAAACUUUCUGAAGCAUUUGAUAUUUAUCAAGCCAAUACCAGUACUAAUGUCAAGUUUGUCAGUGGAAAUACUGGAAAAGGUGUUUUUAAGGAAACUGCUACUAUUGGUACUUAUAUUGAACUGAGCUCAGUGCAAGAGUUGUACAAUGUUGAUAUAGAAGAUACUUACAUCAGUGUUGGUGCCUGUAUAACAAUAAAUGUACUCAUUGAUAUAUUGAAGAAUAAUGAAGACAAGUCUUCUAGCUACAAACCAUUGGCCGAACACCUUAAGAAAAUUGCUAAUGUUCCAGUGAGAAAUGUGGGCACUUGGGCUGGUAAUUUGAUGCUGACUCAUGAUAACGAUAACUUUCCUUCCGAUGUAUUCACUAUAAUGGAAGCAGCUGGAGCUACAGUGACAAUUGCUCAUGUUGGUGGAACUGGGGAAUAUCCUUUGUGGGACUUCUUGAACUUGGAUAUGAGCGAGAAGAUAAUAGUAUCACUCCAGAUACCAUACUGUAGCCCCAAUACAGUAUUCAGUACAUUCAAAAUAAUGCCUCGCUCACAGAAUGCUCAUGCUUACGUUAAUGCUGCAUUCAGUUUGGUAGUAGAUCCUGAUAGCAAGACUGUUAAAUCCAUUCCUUCAUUUGUAUUUGGAGGAAUCAGUGAACAUGCAAUCUCAGCUCCACUAACUGAGUCAUUCAUGAUUGGUAAGUCAUUGAAGGACCCCAAUACGCUGAAAGGAGCUAUGGAGAGUCUGUCUAAUGAGAUCAAGCCUAAUGCCCCACCUGUAUCAGCUAGUCCUAGUUAUAGGAAGAACCUUGCUCUUAGCUUGUUUUACAAGUUUUAUCUUCAAGCUCUUGGUGUUUCUAAUGUUAAUCCACUCUACCAGUCAGCAGCUAUACCUUACGUGCGUCCAGUGUCCCAAGGGUCCCAGUCAUACAGCACUGACUCCAGCAAGUAUCCUGUUAAUCAGCCUCUGCCUAAACUGACUGCUACUCUACAGGCUUCAGGUGAGGCAGAGUACACUACUGACAUUCCACGUCGUCCUGGAGAACUGGCUGCAGCAUUUGUAGUCACUACUCAAGGUAAUGCAAAGAUUUUAUCAAUGGAUACUACAGCAGCAAUGGCAAUGGAAGGAGCUGUUGCUGUUGUAUCUGCUAAAGACAUUCCACAAAACGGGAAGAAUGACUUUAUGCUUGGAUUAGGCGGUGACCCUGAAAUUGUAUUUGCUACUGAUGUAUCAGAGUAUGCUGGUCAAGCAGUUGCACUAGCACUGGCUGAUACUCAAGAGCAUGCACUGAAAAUGGCCAAAGCUGUAUCUCUUACUUACCAGACUCAAGGGAAGCAGAUACUGACCAUACAAGAUGCCAUUGAUGCCAAAUCCUUUUAUGACAAGGAUCCCGACGUCCAUAUUGGAGAUGCUGAUGGUGCUAUUAAAGGAUCAGAUCAUGUUGUUAAUGGUGAAGUAUCAUGUGGUACACAAUACCACUUUACCAUGGAGACCCAAACCUCGUUUGUAAUACCUGAGGAUGAUGGUUAUACAGUCUACAGCUCCAACCAGUGGGCUCAGUUGGGACAAUUUGCUGUUGCUGGCAUACUUGGAAUACCGAAUAACAAAGUUUCAGUUAUCAUUAAAAGAGUUGGUGGUGCAUAUGGAGGGAAAAUCAGUCGUGCUUCUCAUACAGCAGCUGCUUGUGCAUUGGGAGCAUAUGUCACUCAAAGGCCUGUGAGGUUACACUUGGAUCUUGAGACUAACAUGAAAAUGGUUGGAAAGAGGUUCCCUUACUAUGCCAAGUACACAGUUGGUUGCAAUAAGGAUGGAACACUGAAUGGGGUUAAGGUUGACAUUUACAAUAAUUCUGGCUGCAGCAGCAAUGAUAGCUCAGCGAUAACAGGGUUGAUAUUCCACAGCAUUGAUAACACCUACAAGUGUAAGAAUUGGUCACUGAGUAUGACUGCAUGUAAAACAAACAUUGCCAGCAACACAGCUGCAAGAGCACCAGGAUAUCUUCCUGCUAUAUUCAUCAUGGAGUCUCUCAUGGAUGACGUUGCUCGUAAUAUUGGCAUGGAUGUGGAGCAGUUCAAGCAAGCCAACCUAUACAAGAAGGGAGAUGUGUCAUACCUUUCAUAUCCACCCAAAGGUCAAGUACUACCGUAUUGUAACAUUGGUGAGCUCUGGCAACAAAUAAGCACUUCUGCUGAUGUUCAGAAUAGAAAGAGUCAAAUAUCAGACUACAACAAAGCUAACAGAUGGAGGAAAAGAGGAUUAUCCAUGGUCCCAUUGAGAUAUGGUAUAAAUUGGAAUGGAGCUAACUAUACCAUAAUGGUUAGUGUAUACACUGGAGAUGGAUCAGUCUCUGUAGUGCAUGGAGGAGUUGAGAUAGGACAAGGAGUCAACACAAAGGUUGCACAGGUCACUGCCAGUACUCUUGGUGUUCCAUUGAGUUCAGUUACUGUUGUACCUACUAAUUCAUUCACUAAUCCUAAUGGGAUCACCACUGGAGGGAGCAUAGCUAGUGAACUCAAUUGCUUAGGUGCCCUGAAUGCUUGUAAGUCCCUUAAGGCAAGACUUGACAAAGUAAAGGAGGGACUGAAAGCUACUGGUGCAUCAGACCCUACCUGGCUUCAAAUAGUACAGAAAGCUUUUUCUAGUGGCGUUGACCUUUCAGAGAAAUAUUAUGUGUAUGGUACCAAUGACUAUUUUAAUGCUUAUAAUCCUUAUGGAGUCACUGUAUCUGAAGUUGAGGUCGACGUACUAACUGGAGAGACUGAAAUAUUGAGAGUUGACAUUUUGUAUGACUGUGGACAAAGUAUUAAUCCAGAGAUUGAUAUUGGACAAGUUGAGGGUGCCUUUGUCAUGGGGCUAGGCUAUUUCUUAACGGAGAGAGUUGUUUUUGAUACUGAUACUGGAGUAUUGCUGACACACAACACAUGGGAAUACAAGCCACCUACUACUAAAGACAUUCCAAUUGAUUUUAGGAUUGAACUGCUUAAGGAUGCACCUAAUCCUCUUGGAAUACUUGGUUCUAAAGCUGUUGGUGAGCCGCCAUUGUGUAUGAGUAGUUCAGUGCUGUAUGCUAUGAAGAGAGCCAUUGAGAGUGCUAGGCAUGAUGCUGGUAAUGAUACACCAUUUACACUAUCUGCUCCAGCUACUGUUGAAGACACUCAGCAAGCCUGUCUUGUUGAUCCUACCAAAUUUGCUUUUUAACAUUAUUUUAUUUCCACUUGUGCUAUUUAUGCUGUACUUUUAAAAGUCAUUUUUGUGCUUGUUUUAAUGUAGAAUGAA